GACAACAUCAACAACUGAUUAACAGCUGCGAUUUCUGUCCCGUAUCUCUGAAAUUCUCAAGCUGUUGUGAGAAGAUUGUCUACCGGCGGUCCUCAGUCGCUCUUGUGCAGUUGCCGUAAACAGUUCGCCAAAGCAAUCCCCGCAAUAAUUUUCACAUUUCGAUGAUGUCGUCGAUCGUACGCAAAGUGAUCUCCACCAAGAAGUGCCCGAAAGCGCUGGCACCGUACAACCAAGCCAUCGUGGCUGACCGCACGGUGUACUGUUCCGGUGUGCUCGGUAUGGAGCUGGAUACGCUGAAGCUGGUACCGGGUGGUGCGGCCGCCCAAACGGCGAAAGCGCUGGAACAUCUCACCAACCUGCUGUCCGAGGCGGGCUCCGGCAUUGAUAAGGUUGUCAAAACGACCGUCCUGCUGGGCGAUAUGAACGAUUACGCCACCGUGAACGAGGAGUACAAGAAAGUGUUCAACAGCAGCUUCCCAGCGCGAACCUGCUACGGGGGUGUCAAGUUGCCCCUCGGUGCUGCGGUGGAGAUCGAAGCCAUUGCGCUGACCGGUUCUGUGGUGCACAUUUCCGAAUGACUAGAGUCGAAAAUGUAACAGCAGCAAGCGCAAUGAAGAUGGUGGCAUUUAGCGAGCGAGGGUUAAAUGAAGAUCCGGUCAACUAAUGGGCGUGCGGUUACGACAAUUGCAUUGCGUGCGGUUGGCAACAGCUGGGCUAAUCUCAUUCCGAUUUAUGUAACUGUAAUAAAUGGCAAAAUGAAUUGUA